UUCUGAGAGAGGUUCUGUAAAUAAAUGUGGUAUCAUGUAUUGGGGCCUGAGUCCAGCCCUGGACUUGCUCUCCGUUCUGGAGAGCCUCUCGGUGACCUGCAAGACCUCCGAGGAGGUGAACAUCCUCAUCACCGGGAGCUUCGACUGCCGACACGUCCUGCAAACGCUGGCCAAGCGCUACACCCACGCCGACCGCCGAAUUAACUUCUUCGUGCUCGAAGUAGUCGAGGAGCAGUACGGGCGGCAGCUUCUGCUCCUGACGACGGCGCUGGAGCUGGGGGAGUCGGUGGGUCCGGCGGAAAAGCCCCGGCUCUGGAUGGAGAUCUACGGGAACACGUUGGUGAGGCCGAGGACUCUGGAUUAUCUCCGACAGAGGGCGGCCUUCCUCGUCAAGUUCCUCACCGACCCGGACGCGAGACGUGCCAUCCCUUCGCUCAAUUUGUCCUUGCUCCAGUACAAAGAGAUCGACACCCUCGAGAACGUGUUUUCUUUCUUCAUGAAAAAUAAGGCGUUCAACCCGGUGCGAGGGUGGGACGAGAAGCUGCGGCACAGUCUGGGAGCGCGCUACGACUUCCGCGAGGGGGUGUUCGACUGGGACCUCCAGAUGAAGCUCAAGGGGAUGCCCGGCUGCGGGGUGAUCAGCUCGCAGGAGUACCGCUACUGGCGGAAGAGCGGCGUCGCCUUCACCUGGCUCGAGACAGAGACCUCCGAGCCAAAUCCCACCCUCGUCUCCGGCAUCCACAGGGUCGGGAGCCAGCUCCGGUGCUGCGGGCUCAUGGGCAGCGUCGUCAACGGACCCUUCGCCGCUUUCGGCCUCACCGUCAGCUGCGAGGACGAGGAGAUGUUGAAGACGACUUUCGAGAAAAGGUAUAUGAAAAGAAGCACGGAUUUAUUCGAAAGGAAGUUGCUGCGAAUGUUCCACGAAAUCGAGAACGGAAUGCCCUACGUGCAUACUGAUAACUCGGAAGACCUAAACCUCGGAGUUACGAUAAUCGAGCAGAAGAAUAUAGAGAUCGAGAAGCUGCCUCUGGAACGAGACGACGCCGAAAACAAAAUAGUACCGGAAACCGAUCAUGAAAGCGUUCAACUUCCGGGGGUCACGAUUAAUUUCCUGCCGUGUAAAACAUUCCGUGCUUUACCGGAAAAGUAUGCGGAUUUUUUCGAUGUGAUUUGGGUCGGGCACAAUUUAGUCGACCACGUCGCUUCGAGCGACCUCCUCAAGUCGGGAUCGACGCAAGGGGUCCUUCUGGUAGAAAGCAGCUCGCUUUUAGUGCACUAUUCGAAGGACGAUCAUUCGAAAUACGAGAGUAAGGUUGAGGAGCUGGCAACCGAGCAUCAGUAUGAGAGGGUGCCUGGACAGAAAUUUUCUGAGCUUAGUGUCGCUGUUUUUAAGAAAAAAUUAUGCGAAAGCUAAUUUUAGUUAUUUUCUUGUUAAGACGAGUCCGUUUUUUUAGAAUGUGCCGUUGCUCAUCUAACGUAAAGGUAUAGUUAAGUUUAGGGAUGAACCCUACACUGUUCCUAUGACUCCUUGGUUUCUAAGGCUUUCUUGGAAAUGGAGGUA